AUGGUUUCCAUCGCCCAUGAGCCUGCCUUACCUUCUUCUUCACCGCUGUCGGACUUCCCCGCAGAUCCACUGAACGGGUCGGGGCUCCUAUCGAAACUCUGCAGAUCGAAAAGAUCGAUCCUUUGCUCUGUCGUCAAGCUAAAUAUCGAUGCCAGAUUCGCUCGCAAGUCGAUUGAAUCCGCCAUUGUUAAAGGGUGUUUUUUCUUGAUUCGGAAGAAACCCGGCUGGAGUGCUUUGUUUCUGCUAAAGUUGGGAUCUUUCUGAGCUCGAGGAGGAAAGGGCAGAGCUGUCGUGGCGUGGAAAUGGCGGAGGGGGGGGCGGCAAGGGGUCGGGGUGCAGAGGCCAAGAGGGUUGUCUUUGUCACAGUGGGCACGACCUGUUUCGAUGCCCUGGUGAGGGCGGUGGAUCAGCAAGAAGUCAAGCAGGGAUUGUUGGCCAAAGGCUACACCCACCUCAUCAUUCAGAUGGGCCGUGGUACCUACAUUCCCACGAAGUCUGAAGGAGAAACAGGCUCUCUUGCUGUCGACUACUUCACUUUCUCGUCAAGCAUCGCAGAUCAUCUACGAUCAGCAUCUCUUGUGAUCAGCCACGCAGGGUCAGGUAGCAUAUUUGAGACUUUGAGACUGUGUAAACCUCUAAUUGUGGUGGUAAACGAAGAUCUGAUGGACAAUCACCAGGCUGAGCUAGCAGAAGAAUUAGCAGAGAGGAAACAUUUAUAUUGUGCUCGUCCUCAAACACUCCACCAAACAAUAUCAGAGAUGAAUUUGGAGUCGCUCCUUCCUUAUCAGCCAGGUGAUGCCACCCCAGUCGCCAAACUCAUAAAUAGGUUUCUUGGUUUCCCCGAAGAUUAGAAAAUGUUUCACUAUAUGUUCAUUGGUGCCUUUUUUUUUUUUUUGGUCUGUCUGAAAUUACGAUUUUCAUGAGGUGGAGAAGAUGUACAAAAUAGAGUUGUUUUGAUGUGGAAAGCCUGACCGGUUGGGAAAAGUCACCACAAACACUCAAUGUAGAAUCCUUAUUUUCCAGCUGAGUGAAGAAUAUGCAGCUGAGGCUCAACAUGUUGCAACUAACGCUCUAGAUGGAAUAGCUUUGUAUGAAUUGUUGCAGAAAAGUUUGGUUGUUGCUGCAUAUAGUAGCUGUUUAUUAUACGGACAGCAGCGGGUUGUCAUGGACAGCAGCCUCUUUCUUUUCCCUAUCUGAAAGCCUACCGGUGUUCUUUGGUACAAAUAAUCUAUUUUCUGCCGUUUGGAUUGAGCACUGUC